AUGGUACAGCCCAACGGCAAGGAGUGGCGGUUUCCCUCGUCAGCCGGGGGGCCGUCAAGGGAGGAGGCGGCGGCCGGCGCUUCGCUGCACCGCUCCUCCUCGUCACACGCCCGCCCCCAUUCCCCCCCGCAAGUCACAAGCGUCGGCGCGGCGCAACGCACGGCUGGGGGCAGCGGCCGGCGGCUGGGCUCGUGGCUCAGCGACAGCAGGAUAGAAUUGGCAACGGCGGAGCAGGGGGAGACGAGUAGGCAGCGGCAGGAACACCAUCGCCGACAUCGACGAAGCCACCACCACUCGAGGGCGAGCGACGACGCCGCUGUGCCCGGCACAGACGCUGACGUCGAGGGAAAUAGGCGGCACAAGCACCACAAACACGGUCACAGGAGGAGCAGUGUGCGCGCCAGUGAGGGUUUGAAGGCGAUGACGUUGGCACCGGCCGUGAGCGCGGUAAACAUUGACAGCCGGGAUCCGACAGUAAAUGGCGUAGACCUCUCUUCCAGCUCUUAUCAGCAGAGUCAGGUGACUGAGGUGGUAAUGGAGACUCCACUUGAGCGGGGGCGGGUGGAAGAGGAAAGGACGAAAAGAAGUAAAAGAAUGGGCCAUUCUGGGACGCCUCCCAGGACGUCCGUGUUUGAUGGCCAAGAGUCGGAUGCAGACAACUUCGCCUCCGAUCCGCGAUGUUCCCCAUCUAGGCGCGCAACUCAGCAGGGGCAUCUGAUGAGGCACGUUUUUGUCACUACUGGCGGACGUAGACAGCUGCCAGUCCCCGUCCACGUCAAUGGCGCACAGAGGGACGAGACGGCGGUGUUGCCCCUGCAUCAUAGAGUGUCACGCAGUGGUGUCAAGUCUCGCGAGGAGGGAGUACAGGAAGGAGACGGGAUCGAAAAAAAGGGGUCAAGCAUGAAUGACAACUACGAGCCCUGUUUGGCGAAGAAUGCUGCGCCACGUGAGGGUAUGUAUUCGCCCCUGGCCAAACCCAAUGAAAAUGCUGACCCGGUUCCCCGUGUCUUGGUUACUAAGGGGAGGCAACAGUGGUGCCCACGGGAGGUGUUUAACACGGAGUAUGGUGAACGCCCUGUACUCAUGGUGGAGAAAGAAGAAUACAUGGAUCCUGUGAUGCAGUGUGUUCCCCCAUCUCCAGAGAUUGCACCACAUGGGAUGCGUGGAUCUUCGCGUGGUAGCUACUCCCCAAUGGAGGAAACACUGAGGACUGUGCACGCUUCGGAGUCGGACAGUGGCGGGGCAUCGUUUAUGCGGAGUUACUCCAACCCACCAUGUGCAUCGUGCUGUGUCGAUCGUUCAGUCCCAGACAGCUGGCAGUUUGCUCCUCGACGGCGGCACGCCUUUCAGUGGCCGCUUCAUUAUUUGCAGAUAAUUGCUUUGAGUGUGACGGCGCUUAGUACCUUCCUUUUUUGGAUUUCGGUCGUACCGUCCUACUGUCUACUGUAUCGCCACGGUGGAUACUUGAGCAGUUUGCCCGAGUUGGCGGUACUCGUGCCUCUCACAGGAUCGGCUAUUCUGUCAACAUGCAUUUUGUGGGGUAUAUUGUCUUUUCGCGAAAACGGGGAUAUCUCAAAUGAGGGGGAAUCAUGUGCCUAUUGUCGACGGCUGACAAACUUGACUUCCAGGCACUGUAAAGCGUGCAACAAGUGCAUUAGUGGAUUUGAUCACCACUGCAAAUGGCUGAAUGUGUGCAUUGGGGAGAAAAAUUACCGAUUUUUUAUUGGCUUCAUCGUUUCUGCGCUUCUCAGCAUGUUGCUGGCGUUUAUCUCUGGUGUUGUUCUUUUGGCAAAAUGGUGGACGCAACUGUCGGCGUACUCGUGGUUCUUUCGCAUUGCCCCUCUCGUGCUCUGCGUACUCAUGCUGGCUGCGGUGCCACCUCUCGUGCAGCUGCUUGGCUUCCACAUCAUGCUGCGUCGCCUCGGGAUGACAACCUUUGAAUACAUCAUGCGAAAGCGGCGGCAAGUCGUGCGGGAUUCCCAAUGGGACGGUGCUUCAGCCGGGGCUGUUAAAGAGCUCCAGGCGCAUGAAGAAGCUGCUGCUUAG